AAUAAUUGAUUUCUUGAGUCAUUGCAGGGUUAGUUUCCCCACCUACUAGGUCGCCAUCGAAUUCCUGCUAUAAAGCAUGGCUACAAAAUACACUGCUAGGGCAAGCACCUCGACUUCUAGCCGUGGUCGAUUUUCCUCUGGAACAGACCGUAAUUCUAAAUUGCGACCUACACAUUGUCCGUGGGUUUCGACUUUUGAAUGCAAUAUACAUGCUCAAUGCGUAAUCUCCAAGUCAUAUCCUUGCCCAUCGGACACCACGUGCAAUUGCAGGAAUCAGUGAAGUCGUUCACAGAUGGCUUGCUUAAUUGUAAGCCUGCGCUCCCUGGCGUUGAUCGCGGUAUUGUUAUUGCACCUCGUCGCCUUCAUUUGACACUAGGAGUGAUGACUCUUGAAAAUUCACUGGCUUCCUCGGGAAGAACUUUAGCAGAUGCACAGGCAUUGUUACGGACAUUGAGAGCUCGCGUCAUGGAGUUAUUGAAUGGACAUAGUCUCUGCAUCCCUCUUACGGAGAUGAACAUCAUGAACCCCGAUCGUGGCAAUACAGACAACGCGCAUGUACUCUGGUUGGGCCCUUCGCUGGACACAGAAGACGCGCAGCGCCUCAAAUCUGUUAGCGAAUUUGUGAACAAGGCAUUUAGUGACGCCGGGUUUAUUCAGGAUCGUCGUCCUCUCAAGUUGCAUUGCACAAUUCUCAAUACUUCGCAUCGCAAACCAUAUCGACAGCCGUUCUCCUAUAACGCAAUCUUGACGUCGCCGUUUAUUCGCGAGUUUGUUCGUACACCGCUAGAAUCACAUGAUUUUCGGGACCCCGUGAAAGUGGACUUUGGUACUUGGAACGUUGAUGAGAUACAGAUAUGCAAGAUGGGAAGUUACGGACCCGAAGGCGAAUACGUGAGUUGCGGGUGCUGUUCGUUGGCGUCAUAAAUUCGGCGUAUGACAUGUGGUGCCCAAAUUGCGUUUUUAUACUCACAGCCGAGGCUUGGAAGGGCCUAGACUGUCGCUACGGUAUGAUAGAUACUUUAAGUACCAGUAAUGCUGUGGCUUGCGACGACGAAGGGCUACCCAGAAAAGAAGUUAGGUCUCACGCACAGGCCUACACCUG